AUUCUCAUCAGCGGUGAGUGUUAAUAUCCAGUGCGCGCUAAGGACGCUUUCAUCAACGAUCUCACAAAUCAAAACAACUUUAGAGCCCUUCGAUGCAUUGACCGAAUAAUCACGUGAGAUCAGGUAGGACCAACACCUGGAACUCUUGCCGGAUAACAAAGCUCCAAUUCUCUCUCUCUCUCUCUCCCCUUCUGAAACCCUAGAGAGCCCGUGAAAUCCUCUCUCCGUCUGACUUCUCUGGCUUUUCGACGACUGUGAUUUUGAUCAAGCUAUAGUUGCAAGUAUUGCAAUUGGAUAACUUUUCAUGCUGGCAGUGUGAACUUCUUUCACCAAUCUCCAUCUAAAUCUCCGGGACUGUGUAAUGGAUAAGGAAUCUGCUGAUUCCACAACUUCACCUCAAGUUACAGCUCCUGAGGUACAACCAUCUGCUCCUACAGAUUCUGUAUCGGAGAGUUCUCCGCGCAAUGCCCCAUCUAAGUUAACAUCAUGGGCCAAGAGUUUGAAAAUUCCUCAGCCAUUGGUGGGAACCCAAGAUGUUUCACCAACUGAAAAUUCUGGGAAAUCUACCUUUGUACGCUUUACAAGUGGGUUAGGAUUCCGCUUAUCUCCAAAAGCUCCUUCUCCAGCUGAGAGUUCAGAUGGAAUCUCAACAGAGACGCAACCUGGUUUUAUUGGGACAAUUACAAAAGGGUUAGUUGACUCUUCGAAAAGUGCAGUGAAGGCUGUGCAGGUUAAGGCUCGCCAUGUUGUCUCUCAAAAUAAAAGAAGGUACCAGGAAGGAGGAUUUGAUUUGGAUAUGACAUAUAUCACCGAAAACAUUAUUGCUAUGGGCUUCCCUGCUGGUGAUAUGAGCUCUGGAUUUUUUGGCUAUGUUGAGGGUUUCUACAGAAACCACAUGGAAGAAGUCAUUAAGUUUUUUGAAACUCAUCACAAGGACAAGUACAAAGUAUACAAUCUUUGUUCUGAGAGGCUAUAUGAUGCAUCAUUGUUUGAAGGAAAGGUAGCUAGUUUCCCAUUCGAUGAUCAUAAUUGUCCCCCAACUCGGCUGAUAAUAUCAUUUUGUCAAAGUGCCUAUUCAUGGUUGAAAGAAGAUAUUGAGAAUGUUGUGGUGGUGCAUUGUAAGGCGGGAAUGGCAAGGACAGGGUUGAUGAUUUCUAGUCUUCUUCUCUAUUUGAAGUUCUUUCCAACUGCUGAGGAAUCUAUGGACUACUACAACCAGAAAAGAUGUUUUGAUGGAAAAGGGCUUAUUCUUCCGAGUCAGAUUAGGUAUGUCAAGUACUUCGAACGUGUUUUAACGUACUUCAAUGGAGAAAAUCCACCUCCACGCAGGUGCAUGCUUAGGGGCUUUCGGCUUCAUAGAUGUCCUUAUUGGAUCAGGCCCUCUAUUACAGUUUCUGAUCAUAAUGGUGUUCUCUUCUCUACAAAAAAGCAUCCACGAACCAAAGAUCUUUCGCCGGAAGAUUAUUGGUUUAGUGCUCCAAAGAAGGGGGUAAUGGUUUUUGCUCUGCCUGGGGAACCGGGUCUAGCGGAGUUAAAUGGGGACUUCAAAAUCCACUUUCAUGACCGUCAAGGAGAUUUCUACUGCUGGUUAAACACAACAAUGACAGAAAAUAGAAAACUUUUAAGUACUGCUGAUCUUGAUGGCUUUGACAAGAGGAAACUACCUUCCCCAGGAUUUCAGGUUGAGGUUGUGCUUGUAGAUUAUAAUGGCACUGUACCUAAGACGCCUAAUGCCGAAUCGACUACCAAGAUAUCAGAUGAAGGCUCGCAAUCUGCUCUUUCAACAGUUGAAGGAGCUCCCGCUGCUCUAAAGCCAACCAAAGACUCCGGGACUCAAGAAAAGGACGAUGUGUUUUCAGACAGUGAGGCAGAGGAUGGUUCUUCAAAGAGCCGGCGAGCAGAAGCUGCAGCUUCUGCAGUGGGCGAAAGAGUCAUCCAUACCACCUCAAGUUCUGAAACCAAGUCCAAGCCCGAUGAGAUUGCAGGUUUGACAAAAGCGACUGAACAGGUUUCUAUUGGAAACACAGGGUCUGCCCAGGCGAGCACUAUUGGUGAGCCAAAAAGUAAUGUCGCUGCAAAUGUCCCCAGUGCUGAGGUUCCCAUUUCUGAAAGUGAGUUCAAGGCAAUGGCCGCCGAUGCCUCUGUUUUUUCAUUUGGGGAUGACGAAGACUAUGAAAGCGACUAGAUUUGCUGGGAUCGGGAAAUUCGUCUGUACAUAAAAUUGAAUUGUGUUCAUUCCAUUCCUUUGUAACUCUGAAGGUUCUUGUUAUUGGAUCCGGUUAAAGCGAAGAUCACUAGAAGGUGCAAAAAUAAGUCUAGCUGAAUUUAUGACUGGAUUUCGUGGAAUUUGUUUUAUUGAUUCCAAGAAAAAAGAAGUAAAGAAGAAACCCUGUAUUUUAUGUCUAGUGUUUUUCUGGUGUAAUUACUGUCAAUCAUGCAUAUGAACUGCGUUGUUUUCUGUUCAAUACGCCUUUUACCUUUCCAACGCGUCUGCGUUGGCUUUGUCGCUAUUACGACCACUUCCGAUCAUUACUUUCG